GAUUUCCCUCUCCUAAUGAGUGGAGAGUAUAAGGGCUGGAGAAGGAAGCUGCUCUGGGUGAGAGUAUGGUGGUCUACAGCGAAAGAGACAGUGUUACAGUGUGAGAGUGUUUGGAGUCUCCGCUACAGACACACAAUGACAAGUCUCACCUUUGUCUCACUUUUACUUCUAACUAUUAUGGUGUACACCGCCUCAGCUCAAGGUGGGAUAGGCAGCUGUUGUCGACAAAUUACAACCACCCAAAUCCACAGAGACCGGCUGAAGAGUUAUUACAAACAAUAUAAACCAUCAUGCCCUCUUGAAGCAGUGGUAUUUACCACGGUGCAAGGCAAGAGACUCUGUUCUGACCCCGGCAAAGUGUGGACAAAGACCAGCAUGGCCUACAUAGAUGGAAAGAACUGGCAACUCCAACGAACAACACACAAGUGACACAAUGUCCACCUUCACACAAAAAGCCAGCACUAUUAAAACAAUACUGUUUGAGUUCCACAGACUUUGAAUGUUACGUUAGAAUGUCAUAUUUUCUGCAUGUUCUUUACCUCAUUCUAAUGAAGUGAUUUGCCUUUGUUAUGUAUAGCUUUCAAAUGUAUUUUAUAUUUGUAUUAUUUGAUGUGUAAAUAUAUCAUAUAUAAAUACACAUAUACAGUGUAUGUGUGUGU